CACUUGGGAGAUCCAUCCAUCCAUUUUGGGGCCGGAUUAGAGACCAGAGAAAAGAUGGAGACACGAUGCCCAGCAGAUGCGGGAGUUGGAAAAGACCCUCCAGUUACUCAGCCUUGGAACUGUGGCAAGAAUGGAACAAGUCCUGGGGAGAAGAGCCAAGAAGAGGAAGGCAGCAGUUCAGAGGUCCAGUGUUGUCACUUCAGCAAAGUGCAGUUCCAGGAAGAUAAGAGUCCCCGGGAUGUUUGCAGUCGGCUUCACCAGCUUUGCCGUCGAUGGCUGCAGCCAGAAAGACACACAAGGACUCAGAUACUGGACUUGGUGCUCCUGAAGCAGUUCCUUUCUCUCCUUCCCCCAGAGAUGGAGAAAUGGGUGGGGGAGUGUGGAGCAGAGACCACUCCCCAGGCGGUGGCCCUGGCCGAAGGCUUCCUCCUGGCCCAGGAAUCGGAAAAGAUGCAGAAAUCCUUGGAAGCUAUGACAGAAUAUCCCAAGAGGAGGCAAGAUUCAUUCAGAACUUCUCAAGAGCUGCUGUUGAGGGAGAACUUGCACAACGAUCAAAGUCAAGACACCACACCAGGUAAGAAAAGCUCUUUCUGUGCGAUAUGA